CGACGUUGCAUUGCGCCGUUGAAUCGCGAUGGCCGGGACGUUGCCCUUUGGAAGCUUCUGCGCGCUCCUCGAGCGCGUCGCCAGCACGAAUAAGAGCGAGGCCAAGCUCAAGCUCAUCUUCAGCGCUGAGCUGCGCGCAGCCUGCGGCGGCGGCUCGGUGUACCCGCUGCUGCGGCUGCUCCUGCCACACCUCGACCGCGACCGGACGUACAAGCUCAAGGAGAAGAAGCUCGCCGCGCUGUACGUGGAGCUCCUCGGCAUCAGCGCCAAUAGCGGAGACGGCAAGAUGCUAUUGCAUUGGACGGACCCGACAAUUGUGACGACGCGGGCGGUCGGCGACUUUUCGUCCGUGGUCCAGCAAGUGAUGCAAUACCGAGCCAAGCCCUGCGAUGCGUCCGUGACCCUUAACGAUGUCAAUGGGCUCCUUGAUGCGCUCAACCGGGUGCACACCGUCGAUGCGAUGACUGAGAAGAAGCGCGUGCUGCGGCAGAUGCUCACGCGCUUCUCGGGCGAGGAGCAGAAGUGGCUUGUCCGCAUGAUCCUCAAGGACCUCAAGAUUGGACUGCGCCACGAGCGUGUGCUCGCUUUCAUCCACCCGGACGCACCCGAGAUGUUCAACCACACGAACGACUUGGCUCGCGUUUGCGACGAGCUCACCGACUCGCGCGUCCGCUACGUCCCGGCGAUUACGCCCGGCCAGGUCUUUACGCCGAUGCUCGCAAAACGCGUGUCCUUUGGCGAGUGCACCCAAGCGAUGCAGUCGAAUGCAUUUUACAUGGAGCCCAAGCUCGACGGCGAGCGUAUCACGUGCCAUGUACAGCGCACGGCGUGUGGCGGCCGCUCGACGCAGCUCAUUACGCGCAACGGCACCAACUACACGGACAAGUACGGUCCGGCCAUCGCCUCGUACAUUGAGGCCCAAGUACACGCGGCGUACGACUGCAUUCUCGAUGGCGAGAUGCUCGUUUGGGACAGCGUCGCGUUCAAGUACGAGUCGUUUGGAUCACUCAAGACGGUCGCGAUCGAGCAAGCCCAAGGCAAAAACCCUGGACAAUGGCUCUGCUAUGUCGUCUGGGACAUCGUCUACUGCGGCGGCGACGGUGCGGCUGCGCUCAUCCAAAAAGCCUGCCCCAAUGUCGCGUCGACGUCGACCAACAUCAUGGGGUUACCGCUUUCUGCACGCCUCUCAGUUCUGGAUGCAGUUUUGACGCCGCUGACGCACCGCGUCGAACGCAUCGAGCAAGUCCUUGUGCCCGCAUCAAUGCCGGCGCAGGCCCGACACGAGCGCGUCAUGGCCGAAGUCGACGCCCGCUUGCUCGCCGGCUACGAGGGUGUGAUUCUCAAGGACGCCACGUCCCACUACAUGUGCGGGGAGGUCGGUCGAAAGAGCCAGCGCUGGGUCAAGCUCAAGCCCGAUUACGCCGGCAUGACCCGCCAACUGGACGUGCUUGUCAUUGGCGGCUACUACGGCUCGGGCAGUCGGCGCGGCGGAGCCGUCUCCCAUUUUCUUCUCGGGGUACUCGAGCGGACGCCAAAGGACACGGAUGCGUCGCUACCCGUGGUGUCGUUUUGUAAAGUGGGCUCGGGGUAUUCGUUGCCAGAGUUGGAGGCGCUUCGCGAGCGUCUCGCGCCGCACUGGCGCCCGUGGGAAGCCGGCAAGCUACCAGGGCACUUUGAAGGCUGGACACCCAAGGCUGACUCCCGCCCAGACGUGUGGCUAGCCCCCGAAGACUCGGUUUGCGUCGAGAUUUACGGCUUUGAGCUCACGUACUCGAGCGAGUACCAAACAGGCUUGACGCUCCGCUUUCCGCGCGUCAAAGCGAUUCGCUAUGACAAGAACUGGACUGAGGCGCUCACUCUCUCGCAGCUCAAUGCGCUCAAGGGCCAGCAGUUUAGCCAAAAGCGCGCGAUCGAUGUAGCAUUUGGCCACAAGGACACGGCGAAGCGCAAGGCGACACCGCAAAAGACCAAGCGGUCGGCUUUGGACCGAGGACAUGUCGGUGUUGCGCUUCAAUACACACAGGCCAACCUCGCCGAGGUCGAAGAAGCCUCGUCGCUGUUUGCAGGGGCUACGUUUUGCGUGCUCCCUGGCAAGCUUGGCACGCUGGACAAGCCGGGUCUCGAGCAGCUUCUGCACGCCCACGGCGCCACGUGUGUGCAGAACCCGCACCCUGCGCUGCAUCCGCCAGCGACGACGUGGAUUGUGGCGCCGCAUGCCGACGGACUGAAAACACGCAACUACAUCAAGCAAGGCGUGUACGACAUUCUGCACGCCGAGUGGGUCCUCCGUAGUGUCGACGCCAGCAGCUUAGUCGCCAAGCGCGCGACCGACUAUGUAUUUGCGACGGCGCCAACGGCGGCACUCCUCACGACACAGUACGAUGCGUACGGCGACCAUUAUACGACGCCGCUGACGAUGGACGAUCUCGACCGCCUCUUGCAGUCGUCGGCGUUUCCAGCGCCGCUGCCGCACCCGUGGCAAGACCUCGCUGCGACUCUCGACGGUGACGAGCAAGCCGCGAUCACGUGCCCGACCAACUGUCUCUGGCACUGCGUCGUGUACGUCGACCAGUUUGCAUCGAUCGUGACGGACGACGAUUCGUCAGUAUUGCCCGCGCGGGUGGACCGGACGUCUGAUAUGCAUCACAUUGCCCAGUGCAUUGCUCUCUUUGGCGGCCAAGUCGAAACAGCGCUCUCGCACCGGGUCACACACGUGGUGCUGCCGGACGGGCCGAUGACGGCAGAGCGUCUUGCGCUCGUGCGUCCGUGGAUCCAAGCCCGACGCCGCACUGCGGGGAGCGAGCCGGUCGUUGUCACGUCCAAGUGGGUCGUCGCCAGCAUCCGCGCCCGAGAGCAGCUACCCAUGGAAGGCCACGAAACGUCUGCAUUUCAGCUGCCGUGCUAAGAUGGUCAAUAUGCAUGUAUUACUUCGCACCAUCCGAGA